AUUUUCGUAGACAAGCUUUCUUCCUUGGACAACUCUAUCAUGAAGUCAACCUCUGAAGUUAAAACAGACGAUGGCCACUCGGUUGUAAACGGCUCAGCGCACAAGUACUCUGGGGAAUCUACUACACAGAAUGGCCAUGUAUCUGCCAAACAGAAUGGUCACGUGCCUGACUUGCAGAAUGGUCACGUCGCAGAAACACAGAAUGGUUACGUAGCAGAAACACAAAAUGAUUACGUGGGUCCGUCAGCCUCCGAUUCACAGCACGACACUGCUCAGCUGCUCGUUAAAAGGAGAAAAGUAGGAAACCGGGUCCAGGAUGCCGAGAGAGUUAGAACCAAAAAUGAAAUUAUUAAUUUGUCCCCAGGCCUACCAGGUUUCAGCGCCAAUAUUAUAGGCUUCCUCAUGUUGCUAUGGCCACCAGUCUGUGUUGCCUUCUUCUGGCACGCCUGUCACACAUAUCAGUGCUCUCUUGGAGAUUUGGGGGGGCAAGUGCUGCACGAGAUAUCCGCCUGGACCAUCAUCGUCUUCGCGAGACGAAACAUCCCGGAAGUUAGCGCAGGUUCGAUAAAGUUGUACAGCGCGUGGAUGCUUCUGCAAGUGUUUUUGUUCUUGGUACUUCCUGGUCGCAUCAGACGUGGAACAGCUACGCCUGCUGGAAACGUACUGACUUAUAACUGUAAUGGCUUAAGUGCUUGGGUUGUGUCUCACGUUCUGUUCUUUAUCUUGGUGAAAAUGGGCCUGAUACAGGCAACGAUUAUCAGCGACAACUGGGGAGCCUUGAUGGUCAUUUCCAAUGUGUUUGGCUUCAGUUUGGCCCUCUUCUCCUACGUCAAAGCGCAUUAUUUUCCCAGUCAUCCGGAAGAUCGGUGUUUCAGUGGAUCGUGUUUCUACGACUUCUUUAUGGGUAUCGAGCACAACCCCAGGAUUGGUCCUUUUGAUUUCAAGUUGUUUUUCAACGGAAGGCCUGGAAUUGUGGCCUGGACAUUGAUCAACCUGUCAUUCGCUGCCAAGCAGUACAAGGACUUUGGUUACGUUAGUAACACAAUGAUUCUCGUCAACUUAUUGCACGCCACUUAUGUUGUUGACUUCUUCCUCAACGAAUCCUGGUAUCUGCGCACUAUCGACAUCGCCCACGACCACUUUGGCUUCUACUUGGCCUGGGGAGACACAGUCUGGCUUCCCUUCAUGUAUACUCUACAAAGUGUUUACCUGGCCCGAAAUCCAGUGAACCUGCCCUGGUGGGGAUGUGCAGCCACCCUCUUAAUGGGUUUGACGGGUUACUUGAUCUUCCGAUCUGUCAAUCACCAAAAAGAUUACUUCCGGGUGGAGAUGAAGACGAAUGGUAAAUGUACUAUCUGGGGCAAACCUGCUCGGUACAUUUUAGCACCUUAUGCUACCACCGACUCCAAGCAACAAGUCUCUUUCCUUCUGGCUUCUGGUUGGUGGGGACUCUCCCGCCAUUUCAAUUACGUCGGUGACUUGCUAAACGCGUUGUCGUACUGCUUAGCGUGUGGGUUUGGUCACGUGUUGCCGUAUUUCUAUAUUGUUUUCAUGUUGUGCCUUCUGAUUCACCGUUCGUACCGUGACGACGUAAGAUGCAGGCAGAAGUAUGGCGUGCACUGGGAGAAGUACUGUGAAAUAGUACCCUACAGGAUCAUUCCGUACGUGUUUUGA